AUGCACAACAAUAGUUAUAUAGAAAAAGACAAUUUUAUAUGUUCAAAUAAUAAUGAUAACAACCAUAUAAUAAAAAAAAACACCAGUCAUAAUAUUAGUAGCACGUCUACAGGUGCUUCCACCCCUAUUAGCCAGAAUAAUGUCAUUUGCAAUAGUAGCAAUAUUAUCCUGAACAGCAAUAAGAAUAGAAGUAGCAAUAGUAACAAUUUUAGCCUGAAAAGCAAUAAAAAUAGCAAUAACAAUGUCGAUAUAUGUAAUAAUAAUAGUGGAUAUAAUGAUAAAUUAGAUCAACUAAAAGAAAUGAAUUUAGACAAUUCUGAACCCGAAAUUAACCCAAUUGAAAACAGCGAAAAUGCCCAAAAAAAUUACAUCGAAGCUUUAAGAAAGCGAAAAUCAAACCCUGAAAUAAAUUUGAAAAGAGGAGAUGAAAUAAGCAAGAAUCAAUGUUUAUUCAUUUAUGACAAUUUAAUAUUAAAAAACAAAAAUAAGAAAGUGCAAAAACUUAUAAAAAAACUGUCUAUAAAUGCCUUCAACUUAUAUUUUCCAAAAAGUUCAAAUAUCUACAACCAAAUGCCUAUGGUUUUGUCUCUGUUAAAUGGCGAUGUCGAUGACGUUUUAAUUUCCCUUAAAUAUUUAAUUGACUAUUUUGAUAAAAUAAAUUUUUUGAUAGUAAACAUUUUAAAUAAAUUAAAAAAAAAAAAAAAAAUAAAAAGUAAUCAAGUUAUUACACAUUUAAUUGACUUUAUACUAAACAAACUUUGUGAGAAAAACAUAAAUUAUAAAUACAAUAAAACAAAUAUUUUAGACUUUUACGAUAAUUUGAUGUGCCCUGGAGCAUCCUUUUUUGAAUCUGGAAUAAAGAGUGACGCUAUCAAUCUAAAAGACCUGAGGCUAAUUUAUUUUUACAAGCAUGAUAUAAAAAUCAAAAAAGAGAAAAACUUCAUCCAAAAGAAAAGUAUAGAUAUAAAUGAUAAUGAAGAAGAUAUAUUAAAUAAUUAUUUUAUAGACAAAGAUAGAAAUAUUCAUGAUUUUGUUAUAAAAAAUAGUGAGUAUGAAUUAAAUUAUAAUAAAUAUUUAAAAAAAAAAAAACAUAUAUUAACUGGCGAAAUACCAAUACCAAAUAUAUGCAUAGGUGUGAAUGAAUAUUUUAAUGAAAAAUCCAUAUUUGACUUUGAAUAUUCUGAUAUUUUUUCAAAAAAAGAUAAAAACUCUAAUGAUAUUAAUAAAUAUGUUAGGAAAUAUAUAAAAAACAAAACAAAAUGUAGCCAAAAUAACAUCUGCAAUUGUAUUACCAAUAUUAUUGUAAGUAUAGACAAUGAUGCAAAACUUCGGAACCACGUUAAUGCAGCAAAAAAUGAAACAAAAAAUAUUAAAAAUAUUUUAAUUAAGAUAAGGAAAAUUGAAAAUUUGGUGAAUAGAAUAAUUAAAUAUGAUCAUGAAAACCAAAUUAUAUAUAGCCUUGACAAGGAAGAGGAUGAAUCAGAAAAAUCAGAGUCGGAAAUAUCAGAAUCGGAAAAAUCGAACGAUGAACAAGGGGAUAUAAACUCGAAAUCGGAAAUUUUUUAUUGUGAAAAAUCUGACAAUUUCAAUUUUAGUGGCAAUAAAAUCGUUGCCCAUGAAAAAUUUCAAGAAAAAAAUGAUGAACAUGUAAUAGCAAAAGAAAUGGCAGAAGAAAUGAAAGGAAUAUAUUUGAAUAGCGACAACCCAUUGAAUAAACACAGCGAAAUAAAGAAACCUGAUCAAGAAAUGCAUAAAAAGAAAGGAAUAGGGUAUGGAAAUGAUAAUAAUGAAGGUGUCAAAAUAUGUAGAGGAAUGUGUGGCGAUAAUCUUAAAAUGUAUAAUAACGAUACAGAUAAAGAAGUUCAAGAUUUUGAUAAAAUAAAUUUAAAAGAAAAAGAAAACAAUCUAAUAAGUUGUUGCACACAAAAUGAAAAUACUAAAUAUUGUUUAAAUAAAUGUAGCGACAUUUUCAAAAGAACCUUUUCUGAAAUAUAUUCUUCUGAAGAAAAAAAAAAAAUGAAAAAACAAAAAACAAUAGACAGUUAUGAUAAUGAUAAUGGUAGUGAUGAAAGUAUAAAAACAUAUUAUUGGGAAAACCUCGAUUUUAAUUGUGUUUUUUUGGGAAGUAUAAAGAAAGGUACAUGCAGACACAAAUCCCUUCUUUUUAAAGUUCUAUGUGACGCUGUGGGAAUUCCCUGUAGAUUUAUUCGUUAUGUUAAAAAUGGGCAAGUUCAAUAUUACAACCUUGUAUUAAUUCCGUCUAUUCCUGCUCAAAAUGUCAUUGAAAUUAUUAUUCCAAUUUUUUGGGAUAAAAGAAUAAAAACAAAAUCAAAUAUUAGUGGAUACAACAAACUAUCUAUUUCAAGCUUUUUAAAUAAUAUAAAAAUGAAAUUUAGCAAUAUAGAUAAUUUUUUUCUGAGAACCUGGGAAAAUAGCACUGAGUUUAUAAAUAUAGAUGAUUAUUUUACGCUGAAAAAAAAACUCGGAAUAGGUGGUUUUGGGGAAGUAUGGAGUGUAUCAUUAAAGAGUGAUAUUGAAGAAAAUAGUUCUUUUUUUUUUUUUAGUAUAAAAAAAACUUCUCAUUUUGCUUUAAAAAUUAUGGAUAUAAACGAAUUUAAUUUGAAUGAAUCUAUUAUUAUGAGGGAAAAGGCACAUAUAAAUGUGAUUAAUUUUUAUUGUGUGUUUAAAGGAUAUCAACUAUUAACAAAUAGACAACAUGAAAAAGAGAGGAAAGAAUCUUUUUGUUUUCUUUUGGAAUUAGCAGAUACAUCAUUAGAGAAAGUUUUUUCUGAUAAAAAUGUGGCAUAUAAUUUGAAUUUUGUUCGACUAACUCUUAUGGAAAUAGCCAAUAUCAUGUCUUAUAUCCAUAAGCAAACACCAAAUCAUGAGUUUUAUAUUUAUCGAGAUUUAAAACCGGAUAAUAUUUUAAUAAAGAAUAAAAAAAUAUUAUUAACAGAUUUUAAUUUAUCGAGAAAAAUUGAUGCCGACUUUGAAUAUUUAAUGAGUCAGUGCUGUGGAACUAAAGGUCAUUUGGCUCCUGAACAAAAAAGUCUUGUUUAUGAUCAAAAAAUUGAUAUAUGGGCAUUUUCUAUUAUUAUAGCAAAAUUUUUAAAGCAUAAAAAUUUUAAUUACUUUUCUUAUGACAACUACAAAAUAGAUUUAAAGCACUUUGAGAUUCAAGACAAAUUUCUGAUCAAUCUGCUGCUCGUGUGUGUGGACGAAAGCCCGUUUAUGAGGCCCUCGUUUUCGGAGAUAUUUAGGCUAUUAUUCGAUGAGAUUAUCCGAAAUGAACUUGAAGAAUAUUAUAGAGGAAGAACGUUGCACGAUUUUUAA